AUGCUACCAAUCUUCUGUUGCUCAAACGCAGUCCCAAGCCACACAUCUCAAAACAACAAACCCUACAACGAUGAAAACCGCUCCGUCCAUGAUGACCACUUCCGAUCCUUCCUCGAGUUCGCAGUUCGACGACAACGUCAACUCGACUUCAUCGGAAUCGACAACGAAACCCGUCUCGCCAUGCUCCCAGACACGACUCCGAGCAAUGAAGAGUGGGUUCCACAGCCAGUUCUCACACCCGAGGCACUUGCCAAUAAUCCCAUUCAAGAUACAACGCAAUAUGUCAUUCAUUUGACAUCUCGCCAGGAUUUCGGACGUGUGUACUCGCACCGCUACUUUGCUUGUCCAUAUGUUUGUCUGGACGGCACGUCGGCUGAGCAACGGGAGCAAUUGAAGAAGCUAAAUUGGGAUGAGACGACAUUGGUUCAUUGGUUUGCUAAGGGAUAUCCGUUCAGGCUUCCAGCGGAGAAGUGGGAUGUUAAGUGUGCGGUGCAUGGAAAAUUCUUUCGGAUGAGCUUGCGCCCCAAUCUUAAUUUGAGACGAAUGCACGAAAUUGAGGUGAAGAAGCCAGAGCCGAUGGAAAUGAAGGAUGAUGAGGGUGAGGAGCACGGGAAAUUCGCCCAAACGAGUUCGCGCCCCAACCUCAAUUGGAGACAGAAACGGGAGGUUGAAGUGAACGCGGCAGAGUCGAUGAAAAGGGAGGGUGGGGAGAUUGGGGAGCAUAGAGAGUUCUUGCCGAUGGGUCUGCGUUCUGGCCUCGAGUGGAGACAGAUGCAUGAAGUGGAAGUGAACAAGCCAGACCCGAUCGAAAUGGAGGUUGAUGAAGCUGUUAGCAUGGAGGUUUUGGAUGACAUGGAUGGUGACACGGAGUACAUAAGCAACACCGAUGGAGAGACUGAAGCAGAAAGCCUGGAUCUCUGA